AUUGGGCUGACAGGACCCUCCUACUCUUAGCGGAUACAGGAAGCUACAGACCCGGCUUCGGUGUAAGCUUGAGAAUGUGGCUCCUGUGGAUCCUGCUGCUCUCACAGUUGUCUGCUGUAUCUGGGGCUGCCGACUCAAAGGCUGUCACUACCACCCUUACAACCAAAUGGGCUGACACUCCUUUGCUGCUUGAGGCUAGUGAGUUCCUGGCCGAGGAGAGCAAGGAAAAGUUCUGGGACUUUGUGGAGGCCAAUCUUAACAUAGAAGGAGAAUAUGAUGACACUGAUCAGGCCUACUAUGAGCUGAUUGUGAAGAAAGCCAGUGUGUUGCUCAGCUCUGUCCAGCUGAACAUGAUGAAGUUUGCCCUCUCACUGAGAGCCUAUUCAGCCACAGUAUAUUCCUUCCAACAGAUAGCUUCUACUGAACCUCCUCCUUCUGGGUGCUCAGCUUUUAUCAGCAUUCAUGGAGAGAAGACAUGUGAUAUUGAAAGUUUGGCAACACUGCUGAAAACUGCACCAGAAAGGCCGAAGCCAUACCUUUUCAAAGGUGAUCAUAGAUACCCAGGAUCUAAUCCAGAUGCACCUGUUGUCAUUCUCUAUGCUGAGUUUGGGAAGCCGGAUUUCCAAAAGUUCCAUCAAAUCAUAUCAUCUAGAGCCAACGAAGGCUCGGCAUAUUAUGUCCUCCGUCACUACGUGGCUAACUCAAGUGGAAAGAAAGUGUAUCUGUCUGGAUAUGGAGUGGAGCUGGCCAUCAAAAGCCAGGAGUACAAGGCAAAGGAUGACACACAAGUCCAAGGGGCGGAGGUGAAUGCUACAGUGAUUGGAGAGAAUGAUCCAGUGGAUGAGGUCCAGGGAUUCCUUUUUGGCAAACUCAAGACCCUCUAUCCAGAAGUGAAAGAACAACUAAAGGAGUUGAGGAAGCAUUUAGUGGAAAGCACCAAUGAAAUGGCUCCUCUUAAAGUCUGGCAAAUGCAAGAUUUGAGUUUCCAGACAGCAGCUCGCAUCCUUGCUGCUCCCGCUGUUGAUGCCCUCAAUGUUAUGAAAGACCUCAGUCAGAACUUCCCCACUAAAGCCAGGUCUAUCACGAAAACAGUGGUCAAUGCUGACAUCCGCAGAGAGAUUGGCGAAAAUCAAAAGUUCUUCAAAGGAAAUCUGGGAUUGCAGCCAGGGGAUUCAGCCUUGUUCAUCAAUGGGCUGCAUAUAGAUCUGGACACACAAGACAUCUUCAGUGUAUUUGAGGUGCUGCGCAGCGAGGCAAGGGUGAUGGAGGGUCUACGCUCUCUGCUUAUCGAGACACCCUACAUUCACGACAUCCUGAAGCUCAACGUCCAGCCCUCUGACUCUGACUACGCCGUCGAUAUCCGCAACCCUGCCAUCUGUUGGAUUAACAACCUGGAGACAGACCACAGGUACAGCUCGUGGCCCUACAAUGUGCAGGAGCUGCUCAGGCCAACUUUCCCUGGAGUCAUCAGGCAAAUCCGCAAGAACUUUCACAAUCUGGUGAUUAUUCUGGACCCGACCCAGCAGAACGCCGCUGAGCUGCUGAGUGUGGCAGAGAUGUUUUAUGCCAACAAUAUCCCCCUCAGGAUUGGACUGGUGUUCGUGGUGUCAGACGAAGACGACAUAGACGGCAUGCAGAAUGCAGGUGUGGCGCUCGUCCGAGCCUACAACUACAUCAGCGACGAAGUGGACAGUCAGAGUGCAUUUGAAGCCGUCAUCUCAAUGUUUAAUCGAGUGCCGGUUGGUGGACAGCUGAGUGUUGGGGAUGUAGUUAAAGUUCUGGAAAAGAGGUUCCCCUACGUGGAGGUCAGUAGUGUUCUUGGAGCAGACUCCACCUACGACAGCAACAGGAAGGAAGGGCGGGCAUACUAUGAGCAAACAGGAGUGGGCCCGCUGCCUGUGGUCAUGUACAACGGCAUACCUUACAGACGUGAACAGCUGGAACCAGAUGAACUGGAAACUGUCACAAUGCAAAAAAUCCUGGAGACCACCACUUUCUACCAGAGAGCUGUCUAUCUGGGUGAGCUGGCUACAGAUCAUGAUGUUGUGGACUUCAUUAUGAACCAACCCAAUGUUGUUCCUCGCAUCAACUCCAGGGUUCUGUCCACCAGCAGGACCUACCUGGACCUGUCUGAUACCAACAACCACUUUGUUGAUGAAUACGCUCGCUUCACAACCCUAGACACAAAGGAGAGAAGCACCGCUGUGGCCAACAGUAUGAACUACAUGACUAAAAAAGAUGAUGGAUACAUCCGUCCUGUGACUUUCUGGGUGGUUGGAGACUUUGACAAACCCUCGGGGCGCCAACUCCUUUAUGAUGCCAUCAGACACAUGAAAACCAGCAACAACGUCCGACUGGGGAUGAUCAACAACCCCUCAGCUGAUCUGUCUGCUGAGACGAGCCGCGUGGCUCGAGCAAUCUGGGUUGCUAUGCAGACGCAAUCUGCUAAUAAUGCCAAGAACUUCAUCACCAAGAUGGCAAAGGAAGAGACAGCUGCAGCCCUGGAGAGAGGUGUCGACAUUGGAGAGUUUGCCGUUGGGGGUAUGGAUAUGUCACUGUUCAAAAGUGCAUAUGAAGGUUCAAAAUUUGACUUCCUGCUCUCUCAUGCUGCAUACUGCCGAGACGUGCUCAAACUAAAGAGAGGACAGAGAGCAGUAAUCAGCAAUGGAAGAAUCAUAGGUCCGCUAGAGGAGACAGAGGUGUUUAACCAGGAUGACUUCCUUCUUCUGGAAAACAUAAUCCUGAAAACAUCUGGAGAGCGCAUCAAAAGCAAGGUCCAGCAGUUUGGAAUUGAAGAGGACAGGGCCAGCGACCUUGUGAUGAAGGUGGAUGCUCUGCUCUCCGCUCAGCCUAAAGGAGAAGCUCGGGUAGAAUAUGGCUUUGCGGAUGACCGCUACAGUGCUGUGAAAAUCCGACCUAAAGAGGGAGAUGUGUAUUUUGAUGUCAUUGCUGUGGUGGAUCCAGUAACCAGGGAUGCACAGAAACUGGCUCCACUUCUAUUGGUUCUGAAGCAACUGGUAAAUGUAAACUUACGAGUCUUCAUGAAUUGCCAGUCCAAACUGUCAGAAAUGCCACUAAAGAGUUUUUACCGUUACGUGUUGGAGCCAGAGGUGGUCUUUCAGGCCGACGGCAGUUUCUCUCCCGGCUCUAUGGCGAAGUUUCUGGACAUGCCCCAGUCUCCACUCUUCACCCUGAACCUUAACACCCCAGAGAGUUGGAUGGUUGAGUCUGUCAACACCCGCUAUGACCUGGACAACAUAUACCUGCAGGAGGUGGAGAAUAUUGUAGCAGCAGAGUAUGAGUUGGAGCAUCUUUUGUUGGAGGGCCAUUGUUUUGAUGUCAGUUCAGGUCAGCCUCCACGUGGCCUUCAGUUCACCCUGGGAACUGCCUCAGAACCAGUCAUAGUGGACACUAUUGUCAUGGCAAACUUGGGUUACUUUCAGCUCAAAGCCAACCCCGGCGCCUGGAUGCUGAAGCUGAGGAAAGGACGCUCUGAUGAAAUCUAUAAGAUUUAUAGUCAUGAUGGCACAGACUCCCCAGCAGACUCUGAUGACAUUAUAGUUGUGCUCAACAAUUUCAAGAGCAGAAUCAUUAAAGUCAAGGUCCAAAAGAAGCCUGACAAGUUCAACGAGGAGCUGCUGAGUGAUGGAACAGAGGAAAAUGACACUGGUUUCUGGAAAUCUCUGGCAAGAGGUUUCACAGGUGGAGGGAAGGCAGAAGAACCAAAGCAGGAGAAGGACGAUGUGAUCAACAUCUUCUCAGUGGCUUCAGGGCAUCUGUAUGAAAGGUUCCUCAGGAUUAUGAUGCUGUCAGUUCUGAAGCACACCAAGACUCCCGUCAAGUUCUGGUUCCUGAAGAAUUACCUGUCCCCAACUUUCAAGGAGUUCAUCCCCCACAUGGCAAAGAAAUACAAUUUCCAGUAUGAGCUGGUCCAGUACAAGUGGCCCCGCUGGUUGCACCAACAGACUGAAAAACAGAGGAUCAUUUGGGGCUACAAGAUCCUCUUCCUGGACGUGCUGUUCCCUCUUGCUGUUGACAAGAUCCUGUUUGUGGAUGCUGACCAGAUCGUACGCACUGACCUGAAGGAGCUGCGUGACUUCGACCUGGAGGGUGCUCCAUACGGUUACACCCCGUUCUGCGAGAGCCGCAGGGAGAUGGACGGCUAUCGUUUCUGGAAGUCAGGCUACUGGGCGAGCCACCUUGCUGGACGCAAAUACCACAUCAGUGCCCUGUAUGUGGUCGACCUAAAAAAGUUCAGGAAGAUCGCUGCAGGAGACCGACUCAGAGGACAGUACCAGGGACUGAGCCAAGACCCCAACAGUCUGUCUAACCUUGACCAGGAUCUUCCCAACAACAUGAUCCACCAGGUGCCCAUAAAGUCUCUGCCUCAGGAGUGGCUGUGGUGUGAAACCUGGUGUGAUGACAGCUCCAAGAAGAGUGCCAAGACUAUAGAUCUGUGUAACAACCCAAUGACCAAAGAGCCCAAGCUGCAGGCUGCUGUGAGGAUCGUGGCCGAGUGGGCGGACUACGACCAGGAGAUAAAACGCCUCCAGACCAGAUUCCAGGAAAGAGUGAACCACACAACGAGGCAGCAGAGUACAGAGGUUCAUUCAGAGUUAUGAAGAGCCGCCGGCCGUUGUGAUAAACCAGUAAACCGGACUCUGUUUAAAGAGUCUUCUUCAUGAAGGGGUUCCUCUUGUGCCUCGGGGGCUGCUGACAGACUAACCACAAACCAGCACAAACUGGUUGAAACAAUGUUGUUUUGUGUUCUAGGUUUUUCUCUGUGUGGGUAUAAACAGUGAGAAUGUAUUUUGUGGAAUCAGGUAUAAAUUGUAUUUUCCCUGUAAUGGAUAUCAGACUGUUGAGUUUGCACUGAUUCUUGGUUUAGCUGUGGUUGAUCCACAAAACAAGCAGGACUUGAGAAAAACUUUGGGGGUUUACCUCCUACAAGUCCAAAAUAUGGCAGCAGAAAAAAUCUCUACUGGCACACUGGAAUAAAACCAUUUGACAGCUGAUCGGUACAAGUUACAGCUCCUUAUAAAAGGCAGAAUAAUUGACUAUUAAUCAAUACUUUAAGGGAAUAUAUAUGAAUACAAAAGAGCAGUAACAUAAAUUCAUGUUACAUGAUCUUUAUUAAAUCCAGAUAUUUACAGGUAAAGAAGUUUGUGUGGGUUAUAGUGAGUGUAAAAAUAGAAGAGUUUAAAUAAUUGAGCAUACCUAUAAGGGAGAAGCAGCCAUAAUAGUGUGGCUGGGUUUAUAAAAUAAAAUUUUUU